AUGGAAAAUUACAAUGAGACCUCUACUGAAUUCAUCUUCUUGGGCCUGUUCCCCUCAUCAAGCCUUGGCUUUUUCCUCUUCACUCUCACCAUCCCCACAUUCCUGAUGGCCCUGUCUGGUAACCUGAGCAUUGUCCUGCUCAUCCUCCUGGAUGCCCAGCUCCACACACCCAUGUACUUCCUGCUUAGUCAGCUCUCCCUCGUGGACCUCAUUUGCAUCUGCACCACUGUGCCCAAGAUGGCUUCUGCUUUCCUCUUUGGAAACAAGUCCAUCUCCUUCAUUGGGUGGGGGGUUCAGUGUUUCUUUUUUGCCAUGUUACCAGGUUCAGAAGGACCUAUUUUGAUGUCUAUGGCCUAUGACCAUUAUGUGGCUAUUUGCUUCCCUCUGGACCACCCCAUCCACAUGAACAGAAGAGUGUGUGUGCUAAUGAUCCUGAGAUCCUGGGGAAUGGAUGUUGUCAACUCCUGUGCUCACAUAGUCUACAUCCUCUGUAUCCCUUACUGCAAGUCCAGGGCCAUCAAUCAUUUCUUCUGUGAUAUCCCAGCCAUGGUGACUCUGGCCUGUGGGGAUACCUGGGUCUAUGAGUACCCUUUGUUCCUCAGCACUGUCAUCUUUCUCCUGUUCCCAUUCAUGGCCAUAGUGGGUUCCUAUGUGGGAAAUUGCUCCUUGCUGCCUACCCCAUAUGCUCAUAGGAAGGCAGGAAGAAGGCCUAUUCCACCUAUAGUGCUCACCUCACAGGGGUGA